CUGAAACAAGACGCGUAGCUGAGGUAGCAGGGUGUUGUUUUAAGAGUUAGCCAUGGACCCAAGAGAUCUCUUUCGUGGAAUAUUUGGAUUUAACAGACAUCGAUUUGAUGGGUCAGAACGCAACAGAAAUGACAGGGAGUGCUCAAUAGUGGAACAGGGCGGUUAGCAGGAGAUGUCUACUAGGGCUGCAAUGAAUACACUAUGAAGCGAAUACGAUUCUUUGAUGACGAUGAUGAUGAUUUUGCUGAAUAUGAUGAUGGCACUGACACAGACCACAUGUUCCAUCACUUCCAUGACGAAAUGCAGAAACAGAUGGACAGUCUCAAUCAGCAGAUGGAGGAAAUGUUCAAACAGUUCGGAGCAGUGGACUUUCCUUCAGUGCUGCCAGGGGAGCCAAGUGGGCCAGCUGUAACACAGAAGCCACGAGACAAAAUGCUGAAGCCGGGCCAGUCGGAGGGAAGCCCCGCCAGUCCAUCUCUGGAAGACCAACCGAGGCUUGAUGCCCCAUCACUGUUUAGGAGAUUUUUCACAGUCCCCCGAUUUGGUCAAAUACAGCAAGAGGAAAAAGUGGACAAAGAUCUGGACAAUGACGUGGAAGGCAAGGACCUGUCAAAAAUCCUAUCACCCAUGCAGCCAGAAAGAAGGGGGAUGUUCCCCCACGGCCCUGGAAUAUUUUCUCACCAUGGCAGUGUUUCCAUAACAACCAUAAGAGGAGCUGAUGGGAAACUUGAACAGAGGAAGACCGUGAUAGACUCUGAUGGGAAUGAAGAAACAACUGUCACUCGGCAAGUCGGAGACAAAUCCCACACGAUCCGGACCAAGAAGGAUGAAUUUGGUGUUGUUGAAGAGAAUCAGACAAUGAAAAAUAUAGAUAAAGAUGAUCUGACAUCGUUUGAUGAGCAGUGGCAGAACAAAGGGAGACAACCCACAGAUCCACGGGAUACCAUGGUUAUUCCAAAGAGUGACUCCGAUGAAACCAGAUCUAUUUUCAGGAACCUAUUUGGAUUUGAUUUGAGUGGGAAAAAAAAUUGAUUUGUAGCAAGACUAUUUAAGAAGUAAGAAGACUAGAAGAUGAUGUGUUGGCCCUCUGUGAUACGGUUGUGGAAUACGAUUUUCAGUUUCGGUACAAAUACAACAGCCCUCAACAUUUGCAGAGGAACUGUUGGCCUGGAAUAGCACACCUUCAGGGAGGGAGAUGAUAUUAUUUUUUAUAGUACAUUUACUGAUGGAAUGAAUACUAUCUGUAUCUUCUCAUCUCUGCUGCAAAAUGGUGUCAAUUCGUUGAACUUGGAAUUUGUUUAUAUUAUUAAGUCUACGAUUGAUUCCAGCUAUCCGAUUGUCAAGAUUAAUUCUAUGUUAAUGUUUGGGGAUGGGAAAUAGUAUUCCAUUAAUUUCAUGCUUCAUGGCACACCUGUAGACAAUAAAGACUAUAAUUAGAACCAAAAGAAAAUAUGUUUUGCAUAUUUAUUAAGGUGAGGGGCCAACUGUUUUGGUUAAAAUAGUUGGAAGUACUGCACUGGUCGCUCUUUUGGGGGAUCCCAACAAAUGCCAUGGGGGUAGUGGAGAAAUUGGUGUGCUGUCUUAGCACAGAAUAGGCUAAGGGGUUCAUUAAGGAAAGGACUCGUGUGAAAUACCUUUGUGUACAAUUCAUUUUAACAUGUUAAAUCCUUCUUUUUGAAAUUACUAGUUGAGAAAGAUUACUGGUAUUGACAUUGUUUCUCAAGUCUCAAAUAGUGGCUGGGUUGGACCCUGCUAUUUAUCGCAAUUUCUAAAGUUUGUGUAGUCAAAUAUUGAAUGAAUGUUGAUUAAUGAUGGGUGUAUGUUUUUGUUAUGUACGAAAAUAAAAAUUUAUUUACCACUA